AUGUCCACCCCCGUCGUCCUCCCCCCAUCCAAACUCGCCCACAUCGUCUUCAAAACCAACCAAAUGGACCGCAUGAAGCAAUUCUACUGCAACUUCCUCGGCGGCCGCGUCGUGCACGCCAACGACUUCAUCGCCUUCAUCACCUACGACGACGAACACCACCGGAUCGCGCUGGUGCAGUUUCCGAACACGACGGACAAGGAGCAUAAUAGUUGUGGUCUGCUGCAUGUGGCGUUUACGUUUGACUCGUUGAAGGAUUUGUGUAUGGCGUAUAGGCAAAGGAAGGCGUUGGGAAUUCGGCCGGGGUGGUACUACCAAGACCCCGACGGCAACCAGAUCGAGGCCCAAGUCGACAACUACGACAACCCGGACGACGCGACGGCUUUCAUGGACUCGGAGAUGUUCGCGAGGAACGCCUUUGGCGCGGACUUUGACCCAGAAGAGCUUUGCGCUGCUCUUGAUCGAGGCGAGAGCGAGGCGGAGUUGAAGGUGUUGAAGGAUGUUGGGCCGAGGGGUCUUGAGGAGGGGCCGAAGAUUGAGGCCAUGAUGAGGACGGCGACUGUGGGGGUGUAG